AUGGUCCACCGACAAUCGACGACAAACCAGACGAAACCCUUGACGACUCAGUUUUUUGUGAGUGAGAGGUACCUCAGUGAAAGUCAGCGCAAACGCGAACUCGAAAUAGCAAAAUUGCGACGUCUUGAAAUCGAGCGACAAAAUGAAACAGGUAUCCGCCUAAAAGAAAAAGAAAACGAAUUGGCUCUUGAGACACUUGUUGAGGAGAACAAACGAAAGCUCAAUGAGGCCAAAAUAGUUGAAACAGAGUUAAUGGAUGAUGAUUCGAACAUUGAUACUGACAUCAAUAAAACCGCUCUGCCUUCGAGUAGAACACAUCAAGUUGUCGCUGAAACCCGAACAAAAGAUUGGGUGGACGAAGCACUCGAUACACAUUCGUCGGAACUUGCAUCAACUAUAACCAUUGUUCCCCGACAAGAACCUCAACCUCCGGGCAUCGCCAAUUUGGUUUCUUUGUCUCUACCACCAAGCACGGUUGAUCUAAUAAACGUCCACCUUUUUCCAUCCAGUAGCAACCCAAGCGUUUGCCUACCGUUACAAUCGGUGCUAUCAUCUACCGUUCAUAAUUUGAAGAUUCCUUCUCAACCUCUCCCACCGCCGCCGCCACCACCCCCGCCCCCGUCCUCGCCCCCGCUUCCUUUCAUUCCACGUAUGCCAGCAACAACGGUCCCCACAUUACAUGCUUCUGUCCCAAUUAAUACAACAGUCAAUACGGCAACCCAGCCGGUGAACCUGAUUCUUAUUACUGCUCCACCAGCGAGUAUUAAUAACUCAACUCGUGUUUCAACAAAUCAACCAUCCUUCAACCAUCCACAUCCAGUUCGCUAUAUACCCAAUAUGAAUACUUGGAGAAUGGCACCUCCAACCACCGCGCCAUUUAUCGCAUCAGAUUCUACAGUACCCCAGGCGUUAAAUAGUGCUGUCACACCAAUAGUGCAACCACCACUUUCACAAUACCCGUGCACUGUUGGAGGGACAGUGUUUUACAAUAACCAAGCGCAAGUGUCAACACAGUAG